AUGGCAUCUCGAGAUCUGCCGAUAGCAUGCGAGGCACUGGAAGCUCGUAACACUGAGAAGGCAUUCGGAAGGGAAGAGUUCGACAAAUGGAUUGGUGACUUCGACGUCAGUGAAUCUUGUUCUCCCAAGAAAGGAACUGACAUGUACAGNGCGGUCUGUGAUGUGCCCAUGAAUCUACUGGUGAAGGAACUCCUCGAAGCAUACCCAGAAGCAAAGGUUGUGCUCACAACUAGAGAUCCCGAGAAGUGGCGCAGAUCCAUUGAGAACUCGGUCGGAGUCAUCAGCAAAUGGAGAAUCUGGUCACACCUGGCUCUGAUCAGUUCUGACUGUGCAGCUUGGGUCAAGAUGCUAGACACGAUGAACAUAGUGAUGGACGGAUGGAGCAUAUCUGCUCUGAAUCGGCACAACACAGGCGUCCGAGCGGUCGUACCCAAAGGGAGACUUCUCGAGUUCAAGUUGGGCCGAGACGGUUGGAAAGAGCUCUGUGAAUUUAUUGAACUCCCGCAGCCUGGAGGCGAAUUUCCGAAUGUAAAUGACGGCAAGAUGUUUGUCGCUGUUCAUGUACUCCUGAUUAACAUUUGGUUGAUGAAGGCGUUGAAGGAUGGAGUGAUCCGCAUGGCUCCUUGGCUACUCCUAAUUGGGUCUGUGUUGUUGGCCAGAAGGCUUGGAUACGUCUAG